AUGGGUUCUGAUAAGAUAGACAAGAAGAGAAAGAACGACGACGUCAAGGAGAAGAAGGAGAAGAAGCACAAGAAGGACAAGAAGGAAAAGAAGGACAAGUCCGAGAAGAAGGAAAAGAAGGAUAAGUCCGAGAAGAAGGACAAGAAGGACAAGAAAGACAAGAAGGACAAGUCCAAGUCUUCUACCACCACCGUGGAAGGUCCAGCCAAGUCUGUGGGGGGUUACGUUCAAUCUGAAUCUCUUACCAAUGCCCCACAAUCCGCCAUUGACGAGUUCCUUGCCACCAACGAGGUCACCGUUGAUGAUCCUCAUGGACUUAACUUGCGUCCUCUUUUGUCAUUUGAUCAAAUUCAACUUGACUCCAAGAUUGCUGACGUGGUUGCCCGUUUCCCCAAGCCAACCCCUAUUCAAUCUGUCUCCUGGCCAUACUUGUUGUCCGGUAAGGAUGUCAUUGGUGUUGCCGAAACCGGGUCUGGUAAGACCUUUGCCUUUGGUGUUCCAGCCAUUGACAACAUCUUGACCCAUGGUAAGACCGGCUUGAGUGUGUUGUGUAUCUCUCCAACCCGUGAGUUGGCCUUGCAAAUCUACGACAACUUGGUUGAAUUGACCAACAAGUCCAACUUGAACUGUGUUGCCAUCUAUGGUGGUGUUUCCAAGGAAGACCAAAAGAGACAAUUACGUACUGCCAAUGUUGUUGUUGCCACUCCAGGUCGUCUUUUGGACUUGUUGAACGAUGGAGCCUUGGAAUUGUCCACCGUAGACUACUUGGUUUUGGAUGAAGCCGAUAGAAUGUUGGAAAAGGGAUUUGAACAAGAUAUCAAGAACAUCAUUUCUCAAACCAGUAGUAAGGAAACCAGACAAACCCUCAUGUUCACUGCCACCUGGCCAAAGGAAGUCAGAGAACUUGCCCAUACCUUCAUGAACAGCCCCAUCAAGGUGUCCAUUGGGGACAGAGAUGAGCUUGCUGCCAACAAGAGAAUCACUCAAAUUGUUGAAGUGAUCGAACCAUUUGACAAGGAAAAGAAGUUGUUGCAAUUGUUGAAGAAGUACCAACUGGGAUCUCUGGCUAACGACAAGGUUUUGAUCUUUGCCUUGUACAAGAAGGAAGCCACCAGAGUCGAAGGCUUGUUGCAACGUAACAGAUACAACGUGGCCGCCAUCCAUGGUGACUUGUCGCAACAACAAAGAACCCAAGCCUUGAACGCGUUCAAGUCCGGAGAACUGACCCUUUUGCUUGCCACCGACGUGGCCGCCAGAGGUUUGGACAUUCCAAACGUCAAGACCGUCAUCAACUUGACUUUCCCAUUGACUGUGGAAGAUUACGUGCAUCGUAUCGGUAGAACAGGUAGAGCCGGUCAAACCGGUACCGCCCACACCUUGUUCACCGAACAUGAAAAGCAUCUUUCUGGAGCCUUGAUGAACAUUUUGCGUGGUGCCAACCAACCAGUUCCUGAAGAAUUGUUGAAGUUUGGAGGUCACACCAAGAAGAAGGCUCAUUCUGCCUACGGUGCUUUCUUCAAGGAUGUUGACAUGACCAAGACUGCCAAGAAGAUCAAGUUUGAUUAA